AUGGAGCGAUCACUCGCGAGCGCCCUACCGUAUAAGACCCAUCGCGAUGGACGCAUCGCCGCGAUAUCGCCCUUCGUCGGUCUUGGACGGGUCGCUCCUAUGAAGCAUAUUGGCCUUACAUUAUGUACACGUUGGUUAUCCCAGGAGCUCAUCAAGCAUCAUGUCGUGGAAUUUGUCAAUGAAUGCAGGCAUGUGCUUGCCAGCGUGGCGGAUGCUGCAUUUCGCUUCGAAUCCAAUGGAACUUUAGAUUUGGCUUUCGUGAAAAACCAAAAAAGAAGAGCGGAACGUCCGCUUGCAUUUGGUGAUGUGAUCGAGUGGGAUGACGUGGAUAUGACCAACAACCGAGUAAUUUUCAAGUUCCAGAGGGUGGCUGCCUUAUUCGAGUGUCGUGUUCAAGAACAGAAAUUUCAGAUUCUUGUAAGCGGAGUUGUUUCUCCUGAAGACAAGUUCCACUUCUGGUCUCAGUACUUCCCACAUGUUCGGCUUGGCCUGAAGACAUCAGAGGAAGUUUUGCCCAAUGUGACAGUAUCUGCUUGGUUGAAUCUCUGCAUAGAUGAGGACGGUAGUUUCCGAGUCGAAUUCGAUUCAUUCGAGAAAGUUGAUCAUGAUGGCAAUAUUACAGCGGCAGCGCCAUGGAAUCGAAACAAUUCCAAAUACACUACGCUAAUUUUACCGCAAUAUGAUGAUGGUCUCGAAACUCAGAUCGUGCCUCCAGAUUCAUUAUCCGAAGUAGCGCAGUGCCCACAGGAGAUGUUCAGUGUCGAGGGAAUUUGCACAGGCAAGAGGUUGAUAUUCUGUAAAGAGCUGUCGCACUAUGAAAUUGUUGUUGCCCUUAUCAAAAACGCAAAGGACAGUAUACCUCUCGGAAUAGGAGUUAGUUGCGAAUUCGAUGCGGUGUGGAAUGAGUACGAGAAAAGGUACAUCGUGACAAGGUACAAAACUAAAGGACUCCCAUGCCGUUUAGGCUCAAAUGGACUGUUGAGGACAUCAGUUAAAGCUGUGGAGAACUACCCUGGCCUUUUCAAAAGUGAACAGUUUGGAUACAUCGAUGAUCCACGUGGUGUUCUUGCUUUACUGCAUCUCUCCGCGUAUCAGCGCAGCUCCGUUGUGGUAACACUGGAGGAUAAACCGUCACAUCAGUCUGAUCUGCGGUUCCGCAUUGUUGACGUCCAACCGGACAAAGCACCUAAACUGGAAAAGUGGAUGGAGGAAACUGAGAUAAUCGUAGAGGACGCUGAGGGAGUGGUACUGAAUUCGUCAUCUGUUUAUUCGAAGAAUCAUGGAAAUAUAUUUUUCGAUGUUCCGGAGCAACUACGAGUCAACUUAUCACCUGGAAAGCUUGUGAAAUUCUCAGCAAAAUAUCAACAUGGUAUCAAGCUAUUUACAAUUUCCAAAAUUGUUGUGCUGCCUGGAGAAGGGAUUGUUUCAGUUGAGAAACGUUUGUCGCGUGAACAAGAUGAGCAUCAGGUUGUGUUCCGAGUAAAUGCAGUACGAACGAAAAAUUUCCGCUAUUUCUUGAGAAUUCUGUAUUCGGUCUGCUCCAUAUUGCCACGCACAUCACGCUCCCAAGCAACAAAAAACCUAAUUUCACUGUAUUGGAUUACGCGGUCUUCGCCGGAGACAGGUGCCAUAAGGUCUGCUCGCACACCAUUUGUUGUUGUGUCGAUAGGAAAUGAAGAGCCGCCUGAUUACGUGCUUCUUCCAUUCAUGAACGUCAAAUCUUCGAUGACUUCCAAAUCAGCUCAAGAAGUGCAAUCUGUUGUACCACAUGAAGGCAAAAAACGAGAUGAAAAGGAAAUUGAAGUUGCCAUGGACAGCCUAGGACUCGGCGAGGACAGAAAAAUGAAAAUCGGCCACGCACAAGAUUGUACCAAAACAAGAUGUGCUGCUGACUGCCUAAUUAUGAAUAGGGCUAUGAUGCUCACAGAUGAGAAGGAAGACUUCUUGGAUAUACUGGCGGAGAGAAAUUUGCCCUUGUUUUUAGAAUGUGUGAACAAAAUGUUCACGUGA